UUGACAUCUCCUAAAGUUAAUGCACUAAACGAACGCUCUUGCCCGAAGUGGACUAACGUUUAUCUAAUGCAAGAUGACUGAGAACGACAAACUCCUACAAAGUCUGCACACCGGCAAGAAGUUCGCCACCAAGUACGCCGCCUACAGGCCCAGCUACCCGCAAGAAGUGUACGAUCACAUCAUGAGCUACCACCUAGAGCGGCAUGAUUCUCUCCCCUGCGACCAGCAGUUGGCUGUUGAUGUUUGCUGCGGCUCAGGUCAGAGUACUCUGCCCCUGACCAAAUAUUUCGGCAAGGUUGUAGGUAGUGACGUCAGCGUGGACCUGAUAUCCAAGGUGCCAGCUGCACAGAAUUUAACAACCGCAGUGGCCGCCGCUGAAGAUUUGCGCUUCCUGGAGUCUGGAACUGUUGACCUCGUCACCAUAGCAACCAGUUUGCAGUGGGUGAACCUGGACAAGUUUUUCUCGGAAGUCCGGCGAGUCUUGAAGCCAGACGGGACUUUUGCCGCCUACAGCUACUGGUUUGAUCAGCUGGACAAUGUUGAGGCAGACACGUACUUGAAACAUAUGCGCAAUAAAGUGUUUGGUAAAUAUUUGACGUCGAGGAUGGAUAUCAUGAAGAACAAAUACACAACAAUCAAGCUUCCAUUUCGUCAAAUACAGCGAUUCGAUAACAUCGAGAUGACAGCCAACAUGACGCUGAAAGAAUACAUGGGCUACAUCGAGUCCUUCCACUACAUCAACUUCUACUUGAGGGAAUUCCCUGACUCUCAGAUACUGGAGGAGAUGGAGACAUCCCUAGCUUCCAUCCUAGGGGGCGGAGCCUCCGUAGGCAGUGGAGAUAUACAGCUGAGUACCAAGUGGAACGUCUUUAUGGUGCUGGGGAGGAAUGGAUGAAGUGGGACGUCUUUAUGGUUCUGGGGAAGAAUGGAUGAAGUGGGACGUCUUUAUGGUGCUGGGUAGGAAUGGAUAAAGUGGGACGUCUUUAUGGUGCUGGGGAGGAAUGGAUGAAGUGGGACGUCUUUAUGGUGCUGGGGAGGAAUGGAUGAAGUGGGACGUCUUCAUGGUGCUGAGGAGGAAUGGAUGAAGUGGGACAUCUUGCUGGGGAGGAAUGGAUAAAGUGGGACGUCUUUAUGGUUCUGGGGAGGAAUGGAUGAAGUGGGACGUCUUCAUGGUGUUGGGGAGGAAUGGAUGAAGUGGGACGUCUUUAUGGUUCUGGGGAGGAAUGGAUGAAGUGGGACGUCUUUAUGGUGCUGGGGAGGAAUGGAUGAAGUGGGACGUCUUUGCUGGGGAGUAAUGGAUGAAAUGGAACGUCUUUAUGGUGCUGGGGAGGAAUGGAUGAAGUGGGACGUCUUUAUGGUGCUGGGGAGGAAUGGAUGAAGUGGGACGUCUUCAUGGUGUUGGGGAGGAAUGGAUGAAGUGGGACGUCUUUAUGGUGCUGGGGAGGAAUGGAUGAAGUGGGACGUCUUUAUGGUGCUGGGAAGGAAUGGAUGAAGUGGGACAUCUUUGCUGGGGAGGAAUGGAUGAAGUGGGACGUCUUCAUGGUGUUGGGGAGGAAUGGAUGAAGUGGGACGUCUUUAUGGUGCUGGGAAGGAAUGGAUGAAGUGGGACGUCUUUGCUGGGGAGGAAUGGAUGAAGUGGGACGUCUUUAUGGUUCUGGAGAGGAAUGGACGAAGUGGGACGUCUUUAUGGUGUUGGGGAGGAAUGGAUAAAGUGGGACGUCUUUAUGGUGCUGGGGAGGAAUGGAUGAAGUGGGACGUCUUUAUGGUGUUGGGGAGGAAUGGAUAAAGUGGGACGUCUUUAUGGUGCUGGGAAGGAAUGGAUGAAGUGUGACGUCUUUGCUGGGGAGGAAUGGAUGAAGUGGGACGUCUUUAUGGUGCUGGGGAGGAAUGGAUGAAGUGGUACGUCUUUAUGGUGUUAGGGAGGAAUGGAUAAAGUGGGACGUCUUAAUGGUGCUGGGAAGGAAUGGAUGAAGUGGGACGUCUUUGCUGGGGAGGAAUGGAUGAAGUGGGACGGCUUUAUGGUGCUGGGGAGGAAUGGAUGAAGUGGGACGUCUUUAUGGUGCUGGGGAGGAAUGGAUGAAGUGGGACGUCUUUAUGGUGCUGGGGAGGAAUGGAUGAAGUGGGACGUCAUGUUGGGAAGGAAUGGAUGAAGUGGGACGUCAUGUUGGGAAGGAAUGGAUGAAGUGGGA